ACACUGCGCCUCUGCUAAUUACUGCCUCGAGGCGUUUCGAAGCUGGAUAGCUUGAGGCCAGAUAUCGCCCGCUGGUCGUAGUUUGGGCAUCACUUAUCUUACCCUUGACACGGAGGAAGCCUAAAACAGAAUUAAAAUUGAUUCACUGCAUGACCUAGGCGAAUAAAAAAAGAGCGAAACUAUAAUUUUACAGUGCUGAAAUGACGUCAUAUAAAAAAGCGAUUUUUUUUUCCGCACUGAAGAUCUCACAAAAAAAAAACCACAAAAUGCUUAUUUCAUUAUGUCCUUAUCUGUCUCGCUAGACACAUCUGGAUCUAUUAUCUAUAUACAAUAUAUUUUUUUUUUCAUACUGAAACUCUAAGGUUCUGUGCCUUUGGAAACCAAGACUUGCAACCUGUGAUGUUACUUAUUCGGGACAGAUGAAGAUCCGAUGGUAGAAUGGUUCCCCGCUCGCUUAAUCUGGUCCAGACUAUGAAUAGCAUCAAUGACACCUUUGCAGAGGAUGAGAACAGUCAGCUGCUCUACAUAGCCAAUGUCAACACCAAGUUAUUGCAAGCCUUCAGUAUCAUACUGCCUUUGAUUGGGAUGCCAGGCAACACGAUAGCUGUGUACAUCCUCCAUCGUAUGGCCGGCAAGGACAGUGUCUCUGCUGUUUUCAUCAAAAGUUUGUGUGUCUUCAAUAUGAUUGGUCUGAUUGUUGGCCUGCCGAGGUCCAUUGCUAAAGGGGUAUAUGAGAAUAAUUUCAUCUAUUCCUACGCCAAGUACUGCACGUUUUCACAAUGGGUGGUCUGUUCUUUGAUGUCCGUUACCACCUGGCAUAUAGUUUUAAUUAACGGAUGCCGUCUCAUAACUUUCUUUCCAAGUUUUAAAUGUGCAAACAGCUACGUGGGUCCCCAUGCCACGAUUGUGUUAGUCUGUAUAGCAUGUGCCGGCUCGGAGUUGGUGGUCAUUCUCCUGGGUCUGAGCUACUUCUACCCAGCCUACUCUGAUCCUGGCUGUUAUCUAAGCCGAGCCUCGCUUUGGGCCUAUAUUCACUUUCUCAUCUACGCGGCCUUGCCCUUCCUGGCUUUGGCGUCUUUCAACUGCAUUCUGUAUUACAUCACCUGGAAGCGAGAAACAUUACAUUCGGCUGGACCUGAAGCUACUGCUAAAAGAGAUUUGUAUUUGGUGAUUGUGUUGUCCAGUGCCCACUUCAUGAUGACCAUGUUCCCGACCUCGUUCUUCUACAUAUUACCGAGCAGUUACUUUGACUUUGAGUCAGCGAAAGGAAAAUCUCAGUCUAUGCUAGGUGAAGAAAGCCGAAAAAAGUCACGUCAGAGCAGUAUGGCCAAGGCUAUCGACGUGGAGGACAUGAACUGGAGAUACGACGGCUCCUACCGCUACACCAGCUCCAAAAGCGCCCUGACCGUCGGGGAGUUCUACUCUAACCUGCAACCGGGGCGCCCCGGGCGGCUGAAAUCGAACGAUCAGCGAAGCAGUCGUGUCUCAGGGGGCAGCGACUCGGAUGGGUCAUCAAAGAACGAAUGGAUCGGGCACAGAUCCACAUCAGUAGAUAUUACUGAUGGAAGGAAGAACUUCCUAGAGGAAAGCUCAAACAAGAUACUACCCGGGAGUAAAAGCUCCACUCCCUCCGACCGCUCGAACCGAAGCUCUAUACCGAAGACUGGACCACAGACGAGUGACCCUACGAAACCGAAAGACCCGCACAAAACCGAGUCCCUGAAAACGAAUGUCUCCGUGAAGUCAAACGGAUCACGAAAGUGAGAUUCACAUAAGAACAAUGCCAAGAAUGAGAAAUAAAAGAACAUAUCAAGUCCAUUAUGAAAAUGCA